AUGGCUUUCCCUAAGAAUACACCACCGGACUCCCUGAUAAGGAGAAAUGACGGUAGACGGUUCUGGGAGGGCAAGGAUGGAAACGAAGACGAAAUGAUUGGAACUGGUGAGGCACAGCCGGGAAUGUCAGAAGUCGACCUGCAAGGCUCUCGAGAAUUUCUCGCUAAGCUGGGGAUUGGAACUGGCCCGGGCUUACGAACUCUUAUAGAUGCCUUGGAAGGAGGUGCAGGGUAUGAAUAA